UGCGCGCGGGGCCCGGAGCGUCGGCGCCGCCUGUGCGCGGGGCGUGCGCGGUGCGUGAGCGGCCGCGGCGGGCGCGGGGCCGCCGCCCCCUCCCUCCCUCACCCACCCACCCCCUGCGCGGCAAUGGCAGCGGGCGUCGGGCUCCCCGCGGCCGCCCCCGGGCACGGCUGGAGGAGGAGGAGGACGACGCGCAAGCCGCAGCGGCCCGUGGGAUAGGCCCCGCCGCCCGCCCGCCCCCGCCGCGCCGCGCCCCCCCCCCGCCGCCUCGACGCGGAGCCGCCGCUGAGGGGCCGCCGCACGUCCCCGCCUCGCUCCCUCUCGCCGGGGGGGGCUCUCGGGGCCGCUCCUGGGCUGGAUGAAUGUGGGAGAAGAUGGAGACCAAGACGAUCGUCUACGACCUGGACACCUCCGGGGGGCUGAUGGAGCAAAUCCAGGCCCUCCUGGCUCCCCCCAAGAGCGAAGAUGGGGAGAAGAAGAGCAGGAGGCUCGAGAAGGAGCCCAGGCGAAGUGGCAGGGCCACUAACCACGAUAGCUGCGAUAGCUGCAAGGAAGGAGGGGAUCUGCUGUGCUGCGAUCACUGCCCCGCCGCUUUCCACCUCCAGUGCUGCAACCCUCCGCUCAGCGAGGAGAUGCUGCCUCCGGGGGAGUGGAUGUGCCACCGCUGUACCGUGCGCCGCAAGAAGCGAGAACAGAAGAAAGAGCUGGGGCAGGUAAAUGGAUUGGUGGACAAAUCUGGGAAAAGGACCACCUCCCCCACCAGUGACGCAGACCUGUUGGACAGGUCUAGCAGCAGCAUCAGGGCUAAUGCGCAUGCCAGGAUCUUGGAAAGGAGAGCGAGCCGGCCUGGCACUCCCACAUCCAAUGCCAGCACCGAGACCCCCAACUCAGAACAGAAUGAUGUCGAUGAGGACAUAAUUGACGUGGAUGAUGACUCUGCCAUUGCAGAAAUGGACUGUGGGCAGCCCCAGCUGAAGCGACCCUUUGAGCUUCUUAUUGCUGCUGCCAUGGAAAGGAACCCAACGCAGUUCCAGCUGCCGAACGAACUGACCUGCACCACAGCACUUCCAGGUACUAGUAAGAGGAGGAGAAAGGAAGAAACCACAGGAAAGAAUGUCAAGAAAGCACAACACGAGUUAGACCACAAUGGUUUGGUUCCCUUGCCAGUGAAGGUCUGCUUCACAUGCAACAGGAGUUGCAGAGUGGCACCUCUAAUCCAGUGUGAUUAUUGCCCACUCCUGUUCCACAUGGAUUGUCUGGAGCCACCGCUUACUGCCAUGCCUCUGGGUAGAUGGAUGUGCCCAAAUCACAUAGAACACGUGGUGCUGAACCAGAAGAACUUGACCCUGAGUAAUCGGUGCCGAGUAUUUGACCGGUUCCAGGACACCAUAUCUCAGCAUGUUGUCAAAGUGGAUUUCUUAAACCGAAUCCAUAAGAAACACCCUCCAAAUCGCAGAGUUCUUCAGUCAGUGAAGAGGAAAGGUCUGAAGGUUCCUGAUGCUAUAAAGUCCCAAUACCGGCUUCCACCCCCGUUACUCGCGCCUGCAGCAAUUAGAGAUGGCGAGCUGAUCUGUAACGGGAUCCCUGAGGAACCCUUGCAGAAGCACCUUUUGAACACUGAGCACUUAGCCAGCCAGACAGAACAACAGGAGUGGCUCUGUAGUGUUGUUGCGCUCCAGUGCAGCAUAUUGAAACAUUUAUCUGCUAAGCAGAUGACUUCGCUUUGGGACUCUGAACAAACAGAGAAGGCUGAUAUUAAGCCUGUUAUUGUGGCAGAUGGCUCACUCGCCAACCCUUACCAGGCAGCUGACAAGGCACCCACACCUUCCCUCUAUUCCAUGUCAUCCUGCACCUCAGGGAUUACCACCCAGAAUUCCUUGAGCUCCUCGCAAUCCCAGCAGACAUUGUCACAGGAAGAUGUUAACUGCAGCUCUUGUAUAGAUAAAUCCAAGAAGACAUCUUCUUGCGGGACUUCGAACGGGCCGACAGCCUCUGACGUUAAAGUGAACGGGCCUCAUUUCUAUGGCGUUUCAUCCGAAUCCUCAGCACAGUUGACUGACUCCCAGAGGCUCACGGGCUCUGGGAACACAAUACCUGUUUUGUCUCAUCGGCAAACGUGGCCUCGGCCCCUCACGCCCCCAGCCAGUUGCGGACUUCUGAAUCACACCAUUGGAACCAUUGUCAAAACAGAGAACGUAGCAGGACCUGUUUCUUGUGCACAAAGGGGAUCUGCGCCGGUCACGAGUUUGCCUACGUCCAUCUCGAGCUCCUGUGCCAGCCUGGAGACCACCAGCACUUUGCAAAGGAAGAAUGUGCAGACGCAGGUCGGGCCGCCGCUGACGGCAGAGCUGCGGGCCGGGGGCUCCCCACUCAGUGCCACCCGGGCUCUCACCCCUCCCCAGGCUGCAGGAGAUGGCAUCUCAGCUGUUGGGUCCACAAACAGAUUCUGUUCACCAGCACCACCUUCAGAUGGUAAGGUCAGUCCCAGCACCUUAUCCAUAGGAAGCGCUUUAACUCUACCCUCAUCACUCACUUCAAACUCUGCAGCUAUGUUGGAUUUCACCAGUUCCCUGAAAGCGUUUAUGGACGGGGAGAUUGAGAUAAAUAUGUUGGAUGAGCAGCUGAUCAAGUUUCUGGCCUUGCAGAGAAUACAUCAGCUCUUUCCUCCCAAAGCUCAGUCUCUAGCCAGCAGUGUCAAUUCCCAUCAGCAAUCUUCUGUAGGAAACCACAUUGAAGCGCAAAGAAAGGAAGUGCAAGCCCGGGCGGUGUUCUAUCCUCUGAUGGGCUUGGGGGGUGCAGUCAAUAUGUGCUAUCGAACCCUCUACAUUGGGACAGGAGCUGAUAUGGAUGUGUGCCUUACAAGCUAUGGUCACUGUAACUAUGUGUCUGGCAAACAUGCCUGCAUAUUCUAUGAUGAGAAUACGAAGCAUUAUGAGCUGUUGAACUACAGUGAGCAUGGGACGACCGUGGACAAUGUUCUGUAUUCGUGUGACUUCUCGGAGAAGAUGACACCCACUCCUCCCAGCAGUAUUGUUGCCAAAGUGCAGAGUGUGAUAAAACGACAUAAAAGCAGAAAACAGGAAGAGGAGGCGCAUGAAGAGGCUGCUGUGAUGAACUCCCAGGCACAAGGGCAGCAUCGAAAACCCUGUAACUGCAAAGCCAGCAGCUCCAGUUUGAUCGGGGGCAGCGGGGCUGGCUGGGAGGGCACGGCCCUGCUCCACCAUGGCAGUUACAUCAAGCUGGGCUGCCUGCAGUUCGUUUUCAGCAUCACCGAAUUUGCGACCAAACAGCCCAAGGGGGACACUGCCUUAGUACAAGAUAUGGACUUGGAGGAGAAGCUUUCUCUGAAACCCCACCAGGUGCCCGUGCUGCGGUCCAACUCAGUUCCCUAGGAAUUUUUAGGAAGAGAGCUUUUUGGAGUAAGGAAAACGCCCUCAGACUCUUUACAAUGCAAAAAUGUACAAACCGAGGUGGGAUUUUUCUGUGUCGGCCCAGAGACUGUUCACACGCCGUUUGCAUGAAAUGAAGAACGUUUAACUUUUUUUAAUUUUUCUUUUUUGCUCAAGUUUUAGGGGCAUUUGCACAUAUAUUUGUACUAUACAUUUCAUUUUAAAAGGAAAACUGCAGUGAGAGCAGGACGCGUCAGAGCGAGGGGUGACCGCUGUCUGACUCGAGGACUCUCUCUGACAGAUAGUUCCCAUGCAGUUGUAAAAUAAUCAGAAACUUGUUCUAUUUUGUGCCAGUGACAAUAGUUUUAUAUUAAAAGAGAAAUACAGUUUUCAUACAGCAAAUCUAUACAAUAUCAUUGUUUUAUUUAAUGUAAAGAAGCGCUCUUCUUCCCACAGUUAUUUUUCCCAUCCCUCCCUGCUAUGGUUGCACUACAAGUAGCUACUGUGUAUUAUGGGCAGUGAGAAAUGAGUUCUUUUCCUGGUGUCCAUCCUAUUUUUUAUUUCAAAUAAGGAAAAGUGUUGGAUUCUGUGUAAAUACAUCAGUGAUGGCAUUUUUCAAUGUUUUAAAGCUGUGUACAGUGCUACAUGUGGUAUGACGUUCCUCAAAUUGUCUAUUGUAGCAGAUCCUUUGUCGUAACCUGUCUGUCUCUUUUGUUUCUCUGCCACCUCCCCGCAGCAGAACAGCUAGUUCCACUGUACAUAGUAAUUGUAACGUUUUAGACUUUACAGAAACUUUCCUGUAUUCUGUAUAUAAAAAAAAAUACUUCACAUUCUGUUUUC